ACACCUCACUCACCCACUCGCCCUCGCUCCGUCACUUGUCUCUCCUUCAGCUGGGACGUUUCAGCGCGAGGGAGGGUAGAGGAAAUGGGCGGUCCGCUGGGGGCGAUCAUUGGGAGGUACCCGGCGGCGGCUGGGGUGGACGCGGAAGGACAGAUCGGAGGAGGAGGAGGAAGUGGUAGUGACGGCGGGAUCAUCAGACACAACAGGAAGUGCAGAGAUUUGGUGUUCCUCGUCAUCUUUAUUGCAUUCUGGGUGGCUAUGAUCGUUAAUUCCAGCUUCGGGUUCAACCAGGGCAACCCGCUCCGACUUACUUAUAGUCUGGAUUACAAAGGAAAUGUUUGCGGGAACAGGCAUGCGGAUCCUGAUUUGCGCGAACUGGACGUUAGGUAUUGGCUUGAUCCUAAUCAGGUUUACUUGAGUGGUGUUAAGGAGAGUCGGUUCGAUCUAGCUGAUGCAAGGAGCAUAUGCUUGAUGGAAUGCCCUAUUCCUUCAGAAGAUGGUCUCAACUGGGUUUGCGAUUACCCAGAGGGGGACAUUCGCCUCUCUGUGGAUGAUUGGAUUAACAGGGACUAUGACUACUAUGAAUUUCUAACACCAGAAAUGAGGAAUACUUCUCUUCAGCUCCAAGGUCCAUGCUAUCCCAUCAUAUUUCCAAGUGUGAAUGUGCACUGGAGCUGUCAGUUUAUCGUACGUGCAUCAAAUGUUUCAUUGAAGCAUUGGCAGCAGAUGGGCGGUGUUAACAUUGAUGAGAACAUAAUUAUAGAUAAAACUAUUCACAAAACAAUCAAUUCCCCAUCAUCUGUUUUAAAGAGAUAUGUUGCAGAUAUAGGGAAAGCAUGGCCCGUGUUAAUUGUUUGUGGAGGAAUUGUUCCACUCUUCUUGUCUGUUAUCUGGCUACUGAUGAUACGCCAUUUUGUUGCGGGAAUGACUUGGAUAACAGUGAUUCUCUUCAAUGCUCUUGUAAUAUCAGUUACAAUGUUGUACUAUGCAAAAGCUGGAUGGAUUGGUGAUGAUGCCUUAUCAGUUGUUAUUGGCGAAAGUGAUCCCUACAUCCACAUAAGUGGCCGGGAAAUAAAUCAUCUUCGUGUAGUAGCUAUUCUUAUGACGAUAGUAAUGAUUAUUGCCUUCCUAUCUUCGAUUGCAAUUGUUCGCCGAAUACUUAUAGCAACAUCUGUUUUGAAGGUUGCAGCAAAAGUUAUUGGGGAAGUUCAGGCUCUUAUAAUCUUCCCAAUACUUCCAUAUGUUGUUCUUGCUAUAUUCUAUAUGUUCUGGUUUUCUGCUGCUCUUCAUCUUUUCAGCUCGGGUCAGAUACUCAAAAAUGACUGUAGUGGCAAUUGCUGUGCAUUUGACCUAAAGUCCAACAAGGUCAAUUGUGAUAAUUGUUGUGGCUAUAGCAUCCAUUACACCCCACACAUUGGAAUUUCUAUUCUUUUUCACUUAUUUGGAUGCUACUGGGCAACACAGUUUAUCAUUGCCUGUUCAUCUACAGUCAUUGCUGGAUCAGUUGCCUCUUACUACUGGGCUCGUGGUGAGAUAUCGCCAGAGAUUCCAUUUCUUCCUGUAUUUUCUUCUAUGAAGCGGCUCUUGCGAUACAGUCUGGGAUCGGUGGCGCUUGGCUCCGUCAUUGUAUCCGUUGUCGAAUGGAUCCGGUUUAUACUUGAGGCUUUUCGGCGUAGGUUAAGACAUACUGAUCCUGCUCCAGCAACCUUCUUUGGAAAGUUCAUGUCCUCUUCUUCACACUAUUGCUUAGGAUGCAUCGAUUGGACCAUCAAGUCUGUGAAUCGCAAUGCAUACAUUAUGAUUGCUAUCACAGGAAAAGGAUUUAGCAGAGCUUCGGUGAUUGCCACUGGUUUGAUCAUGAAUAACAUUUUACGCAUAGGAAAGGUCAAUGUCAUCGGAGAUGUCAUUCUUUACCUCGGAAAGUUAUGUGUUAGCCUCUUCUGUGCAUUAUUUGCAUUCCUUAUGCUGGAUACCUACAAAUACAAAUCUUCUCAUAACAAGAUCUCAUCCCCUCUAUUCCCUGUUCUGGUAACUUGGGGACUUGGUUACAUAGUAGCAACUCUCUUUUUUGCGGUCGUCGAGAUGUCGAUAGAUACUAUCAUACUCUCCUUCUGCCAAGAUACAGAAGAACAUCAAGGAACUGCUCAGUGCGCGCCACUUCUGCUCAUAGAAACACUAGAUGGCCAAGGAGAAAUGCAGAGACUAACACAAGGCCCUUAAGUGACUCCCUCUCUCCCUCCCUCUUCUGUGUAUCGAAAAGCAUCAAUAGUUUCUGAUGCUUACUCUAAUUUUGUUGUUACCGUGACAUUUCAUUAAUGUUAUCGAUGUGUGUUCUGUGAUAAGCCGAUAACAUGUUUGUAUCAAUCAUCCAAGGGAUGUGGUUUUGCAGCUCUAAAACAACUGAGUCUUUUGCUAGAGUUUAUGAUGAUUGCAAACAGCUUUAUGUA